AGCAAAUCGUGAGUCUGCAGUACAAUUUUGCAAUGUGUUUCAUGUAAAUCCAUUCGUGGAUUUCAUACGUUUUAGUGGAUGCCAUACGAACGUUAUUUUUGAAAACUUCAUCCAAACGCAACAACUCAUGAUGUCGGAGUGGCACCUGUCAUUGAAGCUGGUGGAUCAGCCCAAAUCCACCUUCCACUUCCCUGAGACGAUGCCUGGAGACGUGUCUCCCGGCGGGUACCGAGUCUCUACUCUGAAACAGCUCGUUGCAGCACAGCUUCCUGAUUCCCUACCGGACCCCGAACUCAUAGAGCUGGUACACUGUGGUCGCAAGUUGAAGGACGACCUGACUUUAGACUCCUGUGGGAUCCAGCCUGGAUCCACCCUGCACAUCCUCAAAAGGACCUGGCCUGAACCAGAAAUCAAUCCAGAGCCAGUGAACAGGACGACUGCAGCCAGGGAGUUCCGUGUGCUGCAGGCAGCCCUCCACUCCAACUCCACCUAUAGAGACUCGGUGUUUAAGAUGCUGACUAAUAAGGAGUCUCUAGAUCAGAUCAUUGUGGCCACGCCAGGGCUGAGAUCUGACCCGGUAGCACUAGGAGUGCUUCAAGACAAAGAUCUAUUUGUGCAAUUCACAGACCCUAACAUGCUGGAUGUGUUGAUCAGUUCUCACCCAGCCUUGGUCAAUGCCAUCAUCCUGGUCCUCCACUCAGUGGCUGGCAGCAUGCCUGCUCAGUCCAGCGCCGGCUCCUCCCGCAACGUCUCCUCCAGCUCCUACAGUGACAUGCCGGGAGGGUUUAUGUUUGAGGGCAUGUCUGAUGACGAUGAAGAUUUCCAAUCGGGAAAUCCGGCAGGCCCAUCCAACCGAACCGGGGGCCCAGCAGGAAUGCGGCCUGUGUCCCUUGGCCAUAGUGGAGCUACAGGCCCUCGACCCAUAACACAGAGUGAGCUGGCCACUGCCCUGGCCCUGGCCAGUACUCCUGAGAGCAGUGCUGUUACUCCCACUGCAGGGGCUCAGCAGGACCCCUCAUCUGGAGUGCCUCCCAUGCCAGCAGGGACUCCUGUCAGCAAUGACCUUUUCAGCCAGGCACUGCAGCAGGCUCUACAGGCCUCCAGCAUGUCCGGCAUGUCCUCUCUGCAGGGGCGUUGGCAGUCCCAGCUGCAGCAGCUGAGAGACAUGGGGAUCCAGGAUGAGGAGCUGAUGUUACGGGCGCUGCAGGCUACAGACGGGGACAUCCAGUCAGCUCUGGAGCUCAUCUUCGCUGGAGGUCCAGGACUCUGAGCCAAGCCAGGGCCCUGAGAGAGGAGAGUGCAGGGGGAAACGUCUCUACACAGACCCAAGCUGAUGGCUCUGGUCAUUCUGCCAUUAGGCUGUGAUAUGAGAGAGAGGAGAGUGCAGGGGGAAACGUCUCUACACAGACCCAAGCUGAUGCUCUGGUCAUUCUGCCAUUAGGCUGUGAUAUGGAUACUUAAAUGGACACAAUGCUUCAGACAUGAAGACCUCAUUACUACUCCUCUACCCUUUCAUACACAGCCUAAAUGGAACAACCUUUAAAUGGCUGGCAAAACAUUUCUUAUUUUUGUUUUUGACUUGUAAUAAAGAUAAACAUGUACCUU